AUCCUGGGUCAACUGUCAGACUCAACCAACCCCAUCAGGCCCACUUAUCAUUUACAAUAGAAAUUAACAAGAGCCGAAAGCCCAAUCCUGCCUAAGCCUGGCUUGCCCGAUGAAGUUAUCAGGCACAGACACAGAGAGAAAAACAAAGGCAGAUGCAAAAUGAGUUGGAGUUCAACUGUCAAUUCAAGUGCAAUAAUAUUGUUGCCGGCCUCGGCCAAGGCUAGACCAUCGUUAUCGUUGAACUUGAACUUGAACCCACUCAUCAUCGAUAUCAAUAUCAUCAUGAGUAGGAAAAUGAAAAUGAAGCGUAGGCGGAAUUCAGUUGCAGUUUCUGGUCUUCAGUUGCAGCAAUUGGGUGUUGUAGGUGUAGCACCAACACAAUCUCAAUCUCAAUCUGAUUCUCAUAUAGCGGUGCAGGACGAUCUCGACGCUUUCUUGCGGAUUCUUCCAUGUGAUUUGCGUGACAAUCUCCUCAAUGAACCCAAGAUAGCUCAACUUUUAGAGGUUAUAUUGGAUCUAGGCUGUUUUCCAGAAGCACGCUAUCUUGGUGAAUUUGGAAGGCAUUAUCUGAGGAACACUAAGGUGUCAAUGAAAGAGUUGGAGCAUGCUCAAAAUGCUGUUGGAGAGUUUGGAGGGGAUAAUAGAGCUGGCAUCGAAGGUACCUUGCAUAGGAUAUCGGCAAUCCGGAGUACGAAAGGGAUGAUAGUUGGUUUGACUUGCAGAGUUGGUAGAGCAGUCAGUGGACAUGUUGACGUGAUUUAUGACCUGCUUCAGUAUGGGAAGAGCAUUUUAUUUGUUGGAAAGCCUGGAGUUGGCAAGACUACUGUUAUGCGAGAGAUCGCCCGUGUCUUGGCUGAUGAAUUUCACAAAAGAGUGGUGAUUGUUGAUACAAGCAAUGAAAUAGGAGGUGAUGGGAAUAUUCCACAUUCAGCAAUAGGAGGUGCACGAAGAAUGCAGGUACCAGAUUCAUCCAUGCAACAUGCAGUCAUGAUUGAGGCUGUAGAGAAUCACAUGCCUGAGGUAAUCAUGGUUGAUGAGAUUGGCACUGAAGCUGAAGCUCAUGCAUGUCGCUCAAUUGCUGAGAGAGGCGUCAUGCUUAUUGGCACUGCUCAUGGACAGCGGCUUGAGAAUAUGAUAAAGAAUCCUAUUCUCUCUGACCUGGUUGGGGGAGUAGAGACUGUUACUUUAGGUGAUGGUGAAGCCCGAGCUAGAAAUACUCAGAAAACUGUUCUAGAAAGGCAAGCUCCUCCAACGUUUCAUUUCUUGAUUGAGAUGAGAGACAGGCACUAUUGGGUUACACACCAGACACAGAAGAGUGUGGAUAUAUUGCUUCGUGGCAAAACCCCACAGGUUGAGGUCAGGAAAAGGAAUGAAAAAUUCAAGGUUGUAAUAGAAAAAUCAAAGGCGUAUGAUAAAUGUGACCCUUAGGUUUUUUUUUUUCCCUUUCCUUUAUGUUUGACAUUUUUAUAAUAUUUGGCCAUAUAUUCUUUUUCAUGAUAAUUGACGCACAUGUUUUCAUUUUCACAGCAUUGCUGUAAAUGAGUCUGUAAUAGUUGAAAGUCACUGAAAACUUGUAACAUUAUUUGGUCUCCUUU